GAAAUAAAACGCAGAUGGAGCUGACGCCACAGUCAUCUGGCCGCUUUGAGCUUCCGUAGAGCAAGAAUCGGUUGCCAUAGGGACCAUCCUUGGUAGAGAGAACGAACCCCUAAGCUAGCACAGAAACAUCAUCGACAGAAGAGGAACCAGUGCAUGUUUUGCUGUACUCUUCCUGCAGGUCAAAAUGUCCUUCAGAGACUUAAGAAAUUUCACAGAGAUGAUGCGGGCGUUGGGCUAUCCUCGGCUGAUAUCGAUGGAGAACUUCAGAACACCAAACUUCACUUUAGUGGCAGAAAUCCUCAUAUGGCUUGUAAAGAGAUAUGAGCCCCAGAUGGAUAUCCCCACUGAUGUUGAUACAGAGUCAGACAGAAUAUUCUUCAUCAAGGCCGUGGCCCAGUUUAUGGCAACCAAAGCUCACAUCAAGCUGAACACCAAGCGUCUCUACCAGGCCGAUGGCUAUGCAGUGAAAGAAAUGCUGAAGAUUACCUCUGUGCUGUACAGUGCGAUGAAAACAAAGCAGAUGGCGCUGGGAGAUCAAAGUGAGGAGGACAACAGCAAGUUUAAGUUUGACCUCGGCUCACGGAUUUCAGAUCUUAAAACUGCUCGGCAGCUGGCAUCUGAGGUCACAUCUAAAGGAGCAUCUCUGUUUGAUUUACUUGGAAAAGAGGUGGACCUAAGGGAAAUGAGAACUGCAGCCAUCGCCAGACCUCUGGAGAUCAACGAGACUGAAAAAGCCCUCAGAGCUGCCAUCAAGGAGGUUUUGGAAAGUGUGGAGAAGACCAAAGACAUGCUGGGUAAUGUUGUGUCUGAUGAAACCAGUCUGGACAACAAGAUAGAGAAGAAGAAACAGGAGCUGGAGAGGAAUCGAAAGAGGCUCCAGACACUGCAGAGUGUCAGGCCGGCCUUCAUGGAUGAAUAUGAGAAGAUUGAGGAAGAUCUGCAGAAGCAGUAUGAAACAUUUGUGGAGAAGUUCAGAAACCUCUGCUUUCUAGAGUCUCAGCUGGAUGAGUACCACAGACUGGAGCAGGAGAGGUUUGAGGAGGCUGAAAACACCCUGAGGAUGAUGCAGCACAAGCUAAGAGAGGAGGAGAGGGAUCUGAUGAAGAGUUCCUUGAAAGAUGAUGACUCUGACAUGGAUGUUCCCGAGGACGAAGGAUCAGACAGUGAUAUGGAAGAGAUUCGACCUUCGAAGCCACGGCCCACACGAAAUGGCAUCAUGGCAGAAAGAGCGCGGUUUAUCGGGAACAUGCAGGGAGGUGAUAGUGAUGAGCCCUCUUUAGCUGUUUCCAGAAGGUCGAUCCCUCAUGCCAAAAAACAAAGGAAAGGAAAGGUUUGUGCAGGACCGGGAUGUAGUCCACUACUCAAACAUCUGUGUGUUUAAAGGAAAAAUCCACCCUCAAGUUUGUUUGUUCAAGUAGGGUUUGUUCGCCCAAAGCUUGCAGACUUGCAACAGUUUCUGCACUCUUUUUCUUCAUGUAAGACUCUCAAAGUACACAAAGAACAUAUGACUAUUUUUCUGCAUCAUAGAACAAUACAAGCAUGGAUACAGUCACAACCUCUCUACCCUUGUCUUGAUGCAUCUAAAGAAUUGGUAUUUCUGUCUCUUUUAAAUAGCAUUUUGGCUGUAUAGUGUGAAACGUUCAUGCAGAUGUUUUAAUGCAGAUGUUUGGGAUGGAUUUUUCCUUUAAAUUAAGUAAAUGGUUUCACUGGUCCCUGUAGUUAUCUGGCUCAAGGUGGACAUGUCCCAGUUCAAUAAUUCACUGUCGUAUUAGUUCGGGACAGAGUGUGUUUUCAUUUCAGCCAAAGAGGUGAAUGAGUCAUUAGAUCUUCCUGCCCAAUUAAAGUUUUUGUAAGAAAUUAGUUGGUUCAGUAGUUAGUUAGAAUGAAAAAAUGUCCGUUCCUGUUGUAGUUCCACACUGUGUAUUGACUAUUUGACCAUGAAAGUGAAAAUGACCAUACGUGUUUAAUAUUUGAUUCUUAAAACUAUGAGCGUUUUGUU